UAUACGGACAAAAUAAAACAUAAACUAUAAAAAAUACAAAAUUGUCUGUUUAUCCUUGUUAUUUGAUUGAGAAAGUAUGGUAGACGAUCUUGCUUAUUCUGGAUCUUUCGUAGAGGUUCGCUGGUGGGAAUCGUCAUACCCUUAUAAAGCGCACUGGGUAGGUACUUAGAAGUCAAGUUGACCGGAGCGUAGUUUGUUCGUAAAGCGAGAAACUAACGAAAGAGAAACGAAAACAAGUCAGAAAACGCGUAUAAGGAUUGUUUUCAAUAGUAUCUGGUGUUAUAUUUAGGUUACGAAGAAAAUUUCAUUGAAAUAGGACUUAGAACGAGCAAAAUGGCAGAAGAUUUGAAAGCAAAGGGUAAUGCUGCAUUUGCCCAAAAGGAUUACAAGACAGCGAUUGACUACUUUUCACAAGCAAUCCAAUUAGACGGUAAUAAUCAUAUUUUAUAUUCGAACCGUUCAGCUUGUUAUGCAUCAGUAAAGGACUACAAAAACGCUUUAGAAGAUGCCACCAAAUGUACAGACAUCAAGCACGACUGGGCUAAAGGUUGGUCGCGUAAAGGAGCAGCCUUACACGGUUUAGGUGACUUGACAGCUGCUAAAGCUGCUUUUGAAGAAGGCUUGAAGUUUGACUCUAACAAUGCCCAACUCUUGAACGGUUUAAAGAGUGUUGAGGCUGCACAAAGCUCCGCUGGCGGGGAUAGUGGCUUUAAUCCAUUCGCCAAAAUGACUUCUCAAUUGAAUGACCCCAAGUUUAUUCAAAAGUUGGCUAGUAAUCCCGAAACAGCAUCUUUGUUAGGUGAUGCCAGCUUUAUGAGCAAACUCCAAAACAUCCAAAAGAAUCCCGGCUCUAUUAUGUCGGAACUGAAUGAUCCACGCAUGAUGAAGGUGAUUGGUAUGCUCAUGGGUAUCGACAUUAACAUGAAGGGUGAGGAAGACGCUGCUGCUAACGCCAACGAGGCUGCUUCUUCUUCUGAACCUUCCCAACCCGAAACUGCUCCUAAGGAAGAAACCAAGCCCGAGCCCGCCGCCCAACCUAUGGAGGAAGAUAAGACUCCCGAAGAAAUCGAAGAAAAUGCCAGCCAAGAAGCUCUUCGCAAAAAGGCCGAUGAGGCCAAACAAGUCGGUAACGAAAACUACAAGAAGCGUAACUUCCCUGUUGCUAUUGAGCAUUACAAAAAGGCAUGGGAAACUUACAAGGACAUCACUUAUUUAAAUAACCUCGCUGCUGCUUAUUAUGAAGCUGAUGAAUUGGACAACUGUGAAUCUACUUGUAAAGAAGCCAUUGAACAAGGUCGAGACUUACGCGCUGAUUUCAAGUUAAUCGCCAAGGCCCUCGGCCGUUUGGGUACUACUUACCAAAAGCGUGGCGAUCUUGCUAACGCUAUCGAAUACUUUCAGCGCUCCCUUACUGAACACCGCAGCCCCGAUAUUCUUACAAAGCUGAAGGAAGUUGAAAAGCUUAAAGAAAAAAUAGACCGUGAAUCUUACAUUGACCCAGCCAAGGCGGAUGAAGCCCGCGCCAAGGGUAACGACCUUUUUAAGGCCGGUGAUUUUGCUGGUGCCAUUAAGGAAUAUACUGAAAUGACUAAACGUGCUCCCACUGAUCCUCGUGGUUUCGGCAACCGCGCUGCAGCUUACCUGAAGGUCAUGGCACCCGCCGAAUCCAUUCGUGACUGCAACCAUGCUAUUCAGUUAGAUCCCACUUUUGCUAAAGCCUAUGUUCGUAAAGCUCAAGCUCUGUUUAUGUUGAAGGAUUACGGAAAAUGUAUUGAUGCUUGCAAUGCUGCUGCUGACGUCGACCGUAAAGAGCCUAACUCUGGUAAGAACAUCCGCGAAAUCGACUCACAAUUGCAAAAGUGCAUGAACGCAAUGGCCGCUCAAAGACAAAAUGAAACUGAAGAAGAAACAAUGGCUCGUAUCCAAAACGAUCCCGAAGUUUUGGCUAUUCUCCAAGAUCCCGCUAUGCAAGCUAUCCUUGGUCAGGCUCGUGAAAAUCCUGCCGCUUUAAUGGAGCACAUGAAGAGUCCUGCCGUUAAAAGCAAGAUCGACAAACUUAUCGCUAGUGGUGUCAUUCGCCUUGGUUAAAUAAAUAUUACUUGAGUCAUGACAAAGCAAAAACCAGAAAAAAAUAUAAUGGUUUUAUUUUUAAACGUUCAUAGUAGAUCAUGUUUGCUUAAUAUACCUUCAAUAGAUUAAAUUUAGGCUAUAGAGAUAUAUGUUAGUGCUCUUUAAGCGGUAUAGAAAGUUAUCGCCUUACAAUAAAUUACUGAAAGGCUAGUAAUAAAAAGAUACA